UUUAUUUUAAAGAGCUAUGAUAUCCAGUAUUUUUCCAUGAGAGAUAUGGAUUGACUUGGUAACCAGAAGGUCAUGGAACAAACAUUUGAUCUCCUGAUUGGCAAGAGACAAAGACCAAUCCAACUGAGUUUUGAUAUUGAUGCAUUUGACCCUACACUGGCUCCAGCCACAGGAACUCCUGUUGUAGGAGGACUAACCUAUCGAGAAGGCACAUAUAUUGCUGAGGAAAUACACAAUACAGGGUUGUUGUCGGCACUGGAUCUUGUUGAAGUCAAUCCUCAGUUGGCCACCUCAGAGGAAGAGGCAAAGACUAGAGCUAACGUGGCAGUGGAUGUGAUUGCUUCAAGUUUUGGUCAGACAAGGGAAGGAGGGUACAUUGUCUAUGACCAACUUCCUACUCCCAGUUCACCAGAUGAAUCGGAAAAUCAGGCACGUGUGAGAAUUUAGGAGAUACUGUGCACUGACAUAUUUCACAACGGGCAUUCCAGAAUUAUGAGGCAUUUGAGGGGACAGAUACUAAAUGGUUGUCUGGUCAAUACUGCCUUAAUGAGAAUAUCUGCAUAGUCUCACAAUUGUAAAGUUUCCCCUCUGUUUUGGUGACGAAUACUACUAUAAAUGUAUUUUUUUUUUGCAGUUCACAGGGUAUUAAUAUGCUACAGUACUAUGUAAAUUUAAAGAAGUCAUAAACAGCAUUUAUUACCUUGGUAUA